AUGGCUUCCCGUCCCAUUAAUACCUGGUUUCUCCGAGGAGAAGGUUCAGCUACCUUCCACGUCCCACCAGUUAGCCAGCGCACGGCGUCUUUCCCAUGCAAACGAGAGUCUCCUAGUCACGACACGAAGCCUUCUUCUCACCCGCCGGGCGUAGGGUCCCUGAAGGAUCAGAAGACUCUUUACCCCGAUACCGAACAAUCGACCUCCUCGGAUAUGGCGCCUCGGCCUGAAGCGACUGUGAUCCUAGAUUCGGACAACGAAUCCACCGUUUCCACCCAUGAUGCCCCCGAAAUCGAACUCGCUGCUGCAGGGUUCAAGCUUCCAAAAGGCCAGUCGAGCGAAACUCCGGUAGAGUCAAAGCCAUUGGAUUGUGACUGUCUUCGAUGUGCUCGCGCUCUGGCAGAUUAUAAACCCAAAGAUGGGCAGGGAUUUGCUCCCCCCCUCUGCUGUUACAAAAUUGGCUCAUUCACGGGCAGCUGUACCCGCUGCGCUUCUAAUAACAAGGAUUGCUUGAAAAUGCCUUACCGACACCACCGUUUGGUCCGCCGCUUCCGGAAGCUCGCGACAGAUAAAGCUCUCCGCAAGACUCGAGAGUUCCGGAUCCUACGUUGGCGGGUGCGCCAGACCUUGGAGUCACUCAAAUCCAAAUCAGAACAUCUCAAAUCCGAGGAGCAUCAGAAUGCGGAGGAGGAUCUUCGCUAUCGGCGCCAGCGCGAGGCCUGGCAAGACCGGGUCCAACUCGACAUCGCCAACAGCCUUCAGCGUAUUGCUCAAUCUCUCGUGCGAGCCUCCGAACGCCGACUGAACCGUGUCCUUGAUGAGGAGGAGGCAGCCGCGGUGCCCGAUUUCGGGCCUGCGUAA